UCACGACUUCAAACCUUGGUGGUGCGGUUGGUGUGGCGCAGGGAAGAUCACGGCGGUGGUGGCCGAUUGGUGGCGCAUCAGAGAUCUGCAUAGUGGUCGUUGUUCAGUUGGCAUACGGAACAUAAUGAAACGUAGGGCAACAACAAACUUGGAAUUAGAAUUGCAUGGAGGACUUUCUCAGGGUUCAAAUUCGCAGUCCCAUACUUCCCAUGGUUCACAAGAAGAGGACGUGGGGACUACUGAAAGCAAUGAGUUAAUAACACCGAAGAAGACUCGAGGACCCACACGCUGCGCAAAUGUGGUACAACAUGACACCAAAAAGAAUGGCCUGAUACCAUUAAGUGUGAAUGAGCAUGGACAGCCUAAUGGAGCCGAUGAAAAAAAUUUCGCUAAUUAUUUGGGCACAAUUGCCCGUAAUGGUCUUGCAACUCCCUUGAACUAUAAAAAUUGGAGGAAAGUCCCUGAAAUAGUUAAAGAGGACAUGUGGACGACGGUCCGGGGCAAGUUUGCAGUAGAAGAAAUCUCAAAAGAUUGGACAUUAUCAUCCCUUGGUCAUAAAUGGAGAGAUUGGAAGAGUGAAAUUAAAAGUAACUAUUAUAAAAUUUGGCGUACAGAUAAACAACGAUAUGCAAACCCACCACCAAGUGUUGAGGAGGACCAAUGGGAUUAUCUCAUUAGAUAUUGGCGUAUAGAGGCAGCACAGGUAAUUCAUAAUGUUAUUUAGGUUAUUUAAUAAUAUUAGAUUUAUCAUUCCAUGUAUAUAGGUAUAUUCCCAUCUAAUGUGUAUUUAAAAUUGGAUAAUGCUUAUUUACAAUUGGAUAAUUAAAGAGGACAUGUGAAUUGGUGGUUCGAGGUUGCUGUUUGGUUGCUUGAUUUGGUUGUUGGAGUUCGAAUUCGAGUGUUGAUUGCUAUGGGUGGCUGAAUUGGUGGUUCGGGGUUGCUGUUUGGUUGCUUGAUUUGGUUGUUGAAUGAUUUCUAGCAUUUUUUUCCAGUCAGUUUCUACUAUUUUUUCCUAGUCAGUUUCUAGCAUUUUAUUCUAGUUUUUAUCAGUCAGUUUCUAGCAUUUUUUUCUAGUUUUUUUCAAUCAAAGAAUAGAGAAGUAGAGAGAGAAAAGUCAAUAUUAGACCCAAAAUUCCUUCAAUGCUUAUACAUAACCUGGUAUCCUUGCCUUUUGUUUUGUAAGUAAUAUUUCUGUAUUAUUUUUUUGCCAUAUUAUGUCCAUAACAUUUUGUCCUAAUUUACUGUUUUAAAAUUUACUUUCAUAUUUACUACUUAAGCCCAUGUUAAAUUUACAUUGUUAAGAUCAUAAUUCACUGAAAAUGUGUAUGAUGUAAUAAUAGUAUAUAAUUAAUCAAUACAUAAUUUUCAUAUAC